AUGAAACUUCUAUUCGCUGCUCCUCUUUUCCUUGCCAGCGCAAGUGCAUCGAACUAUCGAAGCGUCUCCCAGCAUGAUCGUGAUCUCCAAGGAGGCGGCGGCGGCCAAGGUGGAGGCGGUGGAGGUGCAGGAGGAGGCGGUGGUGGAGGUGGUGGUGGUGAUGGACCUGCUGGAGGAGGCGGGCAAGGUGUCACUUGCUCUACAACUGAGAAUCUGAGUACAAGUGUCACUGGUCCAGCAGCUGCUCCGCUUCGAGGAAGUGUCGGGUGUGUCGACCAAGAAGCGUAUGGUUUGAGAGACACGACCGCUAUCCCAAUCACACAAGGUCAAGAUGCUUUCAAUAUUUAUGGACCCAUGGAAGCUGGAUUCACCAGCACCAAUCCCGGAAUGUCUUGUCUGGGGGAUACUACCGUGUCGGGUGGUUUGGAUACCUUGUUGGCCGAACAUAUUGUCAAGAAUUUCUGCUCGGACGAUACUAUUUCCGUAUUAGAUGCAUGUGGUGGCCAUGCCGUUCCAUAUCACUACCAUGAACGCAUGUCCUGCUUGUACGAGAGUGAUUCAAAUACCGGUCACUCGACAAGAGUCGGAACGGCAGCCGACGGAAACGGAAUCUAUGGAAUGUACAUUGAUGGCGGAGUCCUACCAACAGAUCUCGAUGUAUGUGGUGGUCGAUCCGGAGUCACUCCUGACAGCAACGGUGAGACCGUUUACUACUAUCCAAUCAAGGCUUAUGCGCCUUUCACACUUGGUUGCUAUGGACCAGUAUCCUCCGUAGACGAGUGUCGAUCGUUGUACGGCUGCAAUUCACAGGAGAUUGAAACCAUUACCACUGAGUUUGGAAGCGGCCAAUACACUCUGGAUUGCCCGUGUUUUGAUGAAAAUCGUUCGAAUGUAGUCGAUCAAGGAUAUCCAGGAUACUUGGAUCCCAGUCUCAAGCCUACAGAAACUAAUAGUCCCAGUGGCAGUCCACCAACGACAACUGACUCUUCUGCAUCCAAGAACAAAUCGUUAAUGGGAAUGGCCAUUCUCUCGAUUGUGUAUAUAGUAAUGUAA